AUGGCAUCGCCUGGGUCGAAGAAAAUUGUUCCCGCCGACGGAUCGGAGAAGAAAGUUUCCGGGAAUCUCGGAAAAAGCGGAGAUGCUAAUGACAGUGGAAGCAGCAGCCGUAGCAGCGGCGGAGAAGGAGGAACGUUUGAGUAUUUCGGUUGGGUCUAUCAUUUGGGUGCGAAUAAGAUCGGUCACGAGUAUUGCCAUCUUCGCUUCCUUUUCAUUAGAGGCAAAUAUGUUGAGAUGUACAAAAGAGAUCCUCACGAGAACCCAGACAUUAGACCUAUAAGGCGUGGUGUCAUAGGGCCUUCAAUGAUGGUUGAAGAGUUAGGACGUCGGAAAGUUAAUCAUGGGGAUAUGUAUGUCAUAAGGUUCUAUAACCGGUUGGACGAGUCAAAAAAGGGAGAAAUUGCUUGUGCUACCGCUGGAGAAGCCCUGAAAUGGGUUGAGGCUUUUGACGAAGCAAAACAACAGGCUGAAUAUGCACUAUCGAAAGGUGGAAGCACAAGAACAAAAUUAAGCAUGGAGGCCAACAUCAAUCUUGAAGGACAUCGACCUAGAGUUAGGCGUUAUGCUUUUGGGUUGAAAAAGCUUAUCCGAAUUGGACAAGGUCCGGAGACUCUUCUGAGGCAAUCCUCUACCUUGGUUAAUGAUGUUAGGAGUGAUGGUUUCUACGAGGGUGGUGACAAUGGAGAUGCAGUUGAGGCACAUGAAUGGAAAUGUGUUCGUACAAUUAAUGGUGUAAGGAUUUUUGAAGAUGUGGUCAACUUCAAGGCUGGUAGAGGAGUUCUAGUGAAAGCAGUUGCUGUAGUUGAAGCUAGUGCGGAUGCUGUGUUCGAAGUGAUUUCGAAGCUUGACAAACAUCAAAGAUACGAGUGGGAUACAGUAACAGGUGAUUCGGAAUUGAUAGACUCAUACGAGGGCCACUAUGAUGUUGUUUACUGCGUAUAUGAUCCUAAGUAUCUUUCACGUAUAUUUUGCAGUUGGCAAUCGAAGAGGGAUUUUAUCUUCUCUAGGCAAUGGGUACGUGGGCAAGAUGGGACAUAUACAAUCUUACAGUUUCCAGCAGUGCAUAAGAAACGGCCUCCAAAGUCUGGAUAUCGACGCACAGAGAUUACUCCAUCCACGUGGGAAAUCAGAAACUUGAAAAAGCGCACGGAUGCAGAACCUACCAGUUGUCUUGUAACACACAUGCUAGAAAUCCACUCCAAACGUUGGUGCAAAUGGAAGAGAACUAGCUACUCAAAGUUUGAAAAGACCAUUCCAUAUGCAUUACUCCUCCAAGUAGCAGGUCUGAAGGAGUACAUUGGAGCAAACCCAGCCUUCAAGUAUGAAACUUCCGCAACAGUUGUCCAGUCUAAGUCAUCAGAUGUUCCCAAUGCUGAAUAUGUAGAUGAGGAAAUGGAUGAGCAGUUUUAUGAUGCCACAGACUCAUCAUCUGACGAAGAGGAAAGCGAUGAAGAUGAUGAUGAGCAGGACAAAAAGGAGAUCAAAGUUAAACUGAAGAAUGUUUCAUGGGCAAUCGCUAGCUUAUCUUUGAAGCGGCCUAAAGCCCCAGGCGCAAGUAAUGUACUAGACGCUAGUGUUGGUCCUGUGAAUAUCGAUCCAAGCCAGCUCAAAGGAUCCCUGCGCAAAGGAAAUGGUGAUAAGGACUCAAAUUGCUGGAAUUCUCCUAGUGGCAUGGGGUUUAUGAUUAGGGGAAAGACCUAUCUAAAAGAUAGUGCAAAGGUGAUGGGUGGGCAGCCCCUUCUGACACUUGUAUCAGUGGAUUGGUUAAAAGUUGAUAAAGCUGUAGACAACAUUGCCCUGCAUCCAAAAUGUCUUGUCCAGUCAGAACCUGGGAAAAAGCUGCCAUUCAUCCUAGUCAUCAAUCUUCAGGUGCCAGCAAAGCCUAACUAUUGUUUAGUCAUGUACUAUGCUGCGGAUCGACCUGUAAGCGAGUCUUCGUCCCUCGGAAAAUUUAUAAAUGGGAGCGAUAGUUACCGUGACGCAAGAUUUAAGCUGAUUCCAAGUAUUGUUCAGGGAUAUUGGAUGGUCAAGCGAGCUGUUGGAACAAAAGCAUGCUUGCUUGGUAAAGCUGUAACCUGCAAGUACCUGAGCCAAGAUAAUUUUUUAGAGAUUGAUGUAGAUAUUGGAUCAUCGGCUGUUGCUAGGAGCGUUAUUGGUCUGGUCCUUGGUUAUGUCACAAGCCUCAUUGUUGAUCUCGCAAUAUUGAUUGAGGGAAAGGAGGAAACAGAUUUGCCAGAGUAUAUCCUUGGGACGGUUCGGCUUAACCGAAUAGAGCUGGAUUCAGCCGAAUCAUUUGAGGAAUGA